GUAGAGGCUGGCACAGACCAACAAUUGUGAAUGUGAAAGUAGCAUUAAAGGUUGUUUUGGCGAUAUUAAACAAUUAAUCUUCAGGGUUAAGCAGCCAGGGAGUAGUUCAUUACAUGAACACAAGACGAAAGAGCCAUGGCGUCAGAAAAGAUGUUGCGAGAUCAGCUGAAGGCACUCAGGGAGUGUGUGACCAAGAACCGAGUGGCAUUGGUGACAGACUUGAAUGUGGAAGGUCUUCUGUUGACUUUUUUGCAGCAACAGUCUCUUCUGACCGAAUAUCAAAUAGAUAUAAUAAGGGCAGAGAAAACCAGGCAUGACAAAGCUGAGAAAGUACUGGAUUUCAUCAUAACCAAAGGUCCAGAUUUUUUGGACAAGUUCAUUACAGCUUUGAGAGAAACGAGCCAAGACCAUUUGGCUGACUUACUUGAGACGUCAAAGAACUCUGCUCCACAGAUUCCAGUGAGCAUUCCAGGUGUUAAAAAGGAAACACCUUAUACAUACCCAAUGACUGCUCCUGAUUCAAAGGCAGGGCAUUUCUAUAAUGCCAAUACAAUAAGUGUCCAUCAUCAUUAUGGGUCUGGAGAUUCUGGUCGUGAAACCAUCUACCAGCGGGAGCUGCCCAUAGAACCCAUGCAGAUGGCAUCUCCCCCAGGUGCAGUUAAGAGAAAGCCAGUUGGGCUGGUUGGAUCUCCUGCUGUGAAGUUUCCACAGCGGGAUAUAAGAGAGGAAAUGGAAACAGAGCGCAUUGGACAAACAUUCCAGAUUUUGGCAGAAGGCCCAAGAAUAAAAGAUUUGAGAGAAAAGCUGCUGUUAAGUAUAAAAGCCCAUGGCAUGUCUUUCCGUGGAGAAACACCUAUGGAUGGAAACUGUUUCUUUCAUGCUGUAGCAGAUCAGUACGUUCGACUAGGACUUCAGCAAGGAAUUACGCAUAGCGAAAUCAGAAAACUAGUUGUCCGUUAUCUACAGCUCUACCAACAAAAGUAUGCACAACAUAUUGGUGAUUCUGACUGGCCAGCAUACCUCAGCAGGAUGGCUCAGGAUGGAGCUUGGGCUGAUGAACUAACCGUUGAUGCAACUGCUAAGGCCGUAGGGCGUAAAUUGCUUAUAGUAUCCAGUUCUCCAGGGGCAAAAUAUGGUGUCUUACAAACUAUUUUUAACGAAAAUGCUGAUGGGGAACCUCUCAUGCUUGGUCGUUACCAUGAAAAUUAUUAUCAGAGUCUUGAAAUGGCAAAUGAAACAGAUCUAAAAAGAUUACAGACAGACUUGAAGUCAACCAGCUUCUCUGGCCCAAUGGAAAUGGAAACAACGGAUAGUAGUGGAACAGCCUUUAUCUCCCAAAUAACAGGUGUAUUAGAGGCAGAAAAGGCAGGAAACGGGCAAACAUCUUCUGUUUCUGCACCAGACAUUGAGAGCAAGCCAAAACCAAAAUUCAACCAAGCUAUCAAUGCUUAUGAAUUCAGUGAAAAGGACUUGGAUUUGGUCACUAACUGUUUUUCUGAAGAAAUUGCCUCUGAAGAAAAGUGUGGGUUUGGUGUAGUGCACAAGGGUGUUUUAAACCUUGAGCAAAUACAUGGAUUGGAAGUUGCAGUUAAGAGACUUGCUGAUAACAAUGAUUAUCAAGGAACACUGGAAUUUGACAGGGAAAGGGAUUGGGCUAAGAAAAAGUAUGUUUAUCUUCUGACUGCUCUUGGAAUUUGUGAGCAAUUAGAAGGUAAGUACUCCAAGGCAGUGAUGACAGUUUAUAUGAAAGGGGGAACUUUAAAAGAUCGACUUGAGGAAUCGAAGAUAAGUGGUAAAAGUUUGGACUGGAAAACUCGCCUACGUAUGAGUGUCCAGUUGGCUGAUGCAGUGAAAUUUCUUCAGUCUGAUGACAAAACCAAUUGCAUAGUUCAUAAAGACAUCAAAUCUUCAAACAUAUUCCUGGAUGAGCAUGAAAACAUCAGGCUUGGAGAUAUGGGCUUUGCAAAGAUGUAUUCACUGAAGUUUAAAAAGACCACAAUUACCAAAACUAUUCCUUUUGCUGCUGGUUAUACAGACCCAAAACUUCAUGAAGGGCUUAUAACAGAGACUACUGACUGUUACAGUAUUGGAAUAGUGCUGGAGGAAUUGUUGACGGGUGUUCUUGCCUCUGAUCCUGACCCUGAUAAAGGUAGCUCAGUUUCUCUUCAUCUCUCCUGGAAUAAUUCUGGUGAGGAGGAAGAGAUUUUGAUAGAAAGGGGGGUACAACAAGGGUGGCCCAGAGAAAUAAGCACAGAAUUUGCCAGACUCAUUAAGAAGUGCAAAAAGGGAAAACCUGUGAAAAGAAUCAAAGUGGGAAAUCUGUAUGAUGCAUUGUUGAAGCUUUACAUGUGUGCUGUUGGUGAAGAUGCACCUGUAUAUGGAGGCACUGGUGGUCAACCAAUUCAGUCUGAGAAAUGUCUGUACUGUUUGGUACAUCAAGCAGUCAACAGUCGGCUUAACUGUGGAUGCAAGUUCCUUUGUACUCACUGCAUAGAUGGAUGCACAAAGGAUAACAAGAACAUUUGGUGCAUGUUGCAUAUGAAGGAAGUCAAAUUUGAAACACAGAACUUACACUGUGAUGGAAAUUUUACCAAGCUCUUUGAUCUCAGUUACCCAGUGGUUUCACUUGUCAAGUUGAUCAAUUCUAAAAUAGACAAGCAUUGGAAAUCAGUUGGCCUAAUUCAAGCCAUAGAUAUACAUGACAAAAAACAUGGGGUUGCCACAGGCUUCAAAAUAGGUGGAAAUUAUUUGAUGACAAAUUAUCAUGUUGCUAACGAUUUCAGAGGUUACCAAGGAGCCAUAGUGGAAUUUGGAUAUUUGCAAGAAACUUCAAGAAUAACAACAUACAAAUUUACCCACAUGGCAUGGUACAGUGUAGCAUUGGAUGCAGCUUUGUUCCACAUUCACAACCCAGACGGCCAUGAUGUUGUACCAGAUCUGGACUGUGAUAUAGCAGAUGUCGAGCCAGGAAAGGAUGUUUGUAUUGUAGGACAUAACAAUUGUGAUCCAUUAAGAUAUGACCCAGAUACAAAAAUACUUAGCGAUUUCGAUGUUAAAAAAGACAUAGAUUUAACAUUGAAAACCUACCCUUCUGCCAGUUUUACAAAUGCACAUGAUCGCAACCGACAGUUAAUGAAGUCCAGUUUUAUGCAUGGGGCAUCUGGGUCGCCUUGCUUUGAUGAAUAUGGUAACCUUGCCCUAAUGUAUACUAAAGGUUAUCCUGAGAACUAUAAAGCGCUGCGUAUGGCACAAACUGUAUUUGAACAGGGUGUUAGAAUGAGAUGCAUAUAUGAAGAGUUAAAGAAAGAGAAGCCAGAGUUGGUGUCAGAUCUGUUCCCAAAUGUCCGCAUUAGACUUAACUAGAGUUGCUACAACUCUGUUUAAGAUUACAGAAAAGUCACUGAAGUGUUGCAUAUUUUUCUGUACAAAGCAACUUACCUUAAUAAUUAGGAAUCCUCUGAUAUUGGUAGGUGGAAUUGAAAUGAUAUAUUGUAAGAAUGAAAAGGUUGCAUCUGCAUUAUUAUUUGCAGCAAUGGAUGCCUUCUUCCUCUCUUAACUAUUGACAGUUUUGUGUUUUACAAGUUUUAUUGUAUAUAAUAUAUAAUAAUGUUAGAUGAGGAAAAUUUACAAACCUGUUAAAAUUUGUAAACGUGUUGUCCUCUGUAACACAUUGUUUUAGCUUGAGAUAAUAUUACACAAUUUAUUUUGAUAUUUUGCAGGAACUUUAUGUAUAUUGAAUGUCCUUGGGACCAUAAACUUGUUACUUGUACCAUCACA